AUGUGGCCAAUCAACAACGCUCUGAGUCUGGCAUACUGCGCACCGAUCUUUUACCUGAACGAAGAUAUUGUCUUUUUGAUAUGCGAGCGCCUCAUUUCGGAGCCGACACCCGCCGACGACCGCCUUGCUCACGCCAAAGCUUUCUCCGAAACCUGUCAACGAUUCCGAUACAUGGCAGCUCCCAUUAUCCUUUAUAACGUCAAACUCCGCAUGGAUCAAGAUCGAAUCAGCGCUACUUUGCAAACUCUGGAGAGAUGCCAAUAUAGUAAGAAUUGCAUCCGACGUGUCUCAAUCGAAGAUCCGAACCUCCCAUCGGCCAUGCUCGUGCGUGGACUCGCAAGAGCUUUGAACGGCAUAAAAAGCUUAACGAGCAUGGAGAGCUUGAUCAUGGACCUCGUACUGCCCCGAUGGUCCGAUAUGCGAAGCGAUUUCCUCGAAGAGGUCGGCGCAUUCCCUCAAGUCAAGGAACUUCGGCUAUGUGCCGAGCUUGCGCCCUUGGCGGAAAGAUGUGUGAACGUCACGAGCCUCUUCGGAAUUCUACUCCCAUCAGACUGGACGAUUAUCGAUGCUACCCGUCAAAUGAACAACAUCCAACGUUUUGAUCUCAAAGCGUACUGGGAACCGGAACACCUUGAAGCUCUACUCAAUGCCCGACCGGACUUACGGGAACUCGGGAUGCUCUCGUUCGAGAAUUUGGGUUACGAACGCGUGCAAUACGCGCCACGAUCAUCGGACGAGAAAAAUGGCAAAGCAUACAGGGGUGACUUCCGAAGCAUGCUAGCCGUACUCGCGCAAUUCUGGAACCUGAGAACCCUUGCUAUCACAGAGGUGCCGAGACUAUACCCUUAUCCGUACGAGCCGUACGAAAAAGACCCCACGAUCGAAGUCCCAGAGCUUCCCGUGCAGCGCCUGCAGGACAUCGUUGUUAAUAACGUCUUCUGUGCUUGUCGGGCACUGAAAGUUUUGUGGAUCGGGGAGUCCAUAAGAGCGACUGUGGUGCGAGACUCGCUCGGUGGCGUUGACGGGGUCAUGAUCGGGUAUGGAAAGAGACGCGCUGUUGCUGAGAGACGAUGA